AUGAUCCCGCAAACUCCAUCUCUGACCGUCCCGCCGGACAGUUCAGCUCAACAGCUCCUUCGCUUGGGCAAACCAUUCGUCGAGUUUCCGAGAUUCAGCAUCGUCACGCUGCAAGAAGAGAAGGACCGCGACGGGCAGCCCCUCCCCUUCUCGGAAUGGCUGACCAAACGUCUGCAACUCGGUCAACCCUUUGUCAUAGCCGAUUUCGACAAGCUCGACACAUGGCCCACCACGGACCCUCAUGAUGGCAGUCAACCCGGGUUUGGGAUCGAAAGACUGAUCGAGCUGAGCACAAAGAAGAACAUACCGGUCCGGAAUUGUAGUACGGGCCGAGAUUUGACCUUUACAUUGAGAAAGUUUGCAGAUAGUGCAAGACAGUCCUUACCCGAAUUCCAGAACCUUUACGCCAGAGAUUUGCAGUGUCCCCAGGAAUGGCUGGAACAGUGUCGCAAACUUCUGCCCGCCGAGGUGCAAUGGGGAGGUCGCUUAGACUUGCUCCAGUGGCUCCCGCAAUGCGCGAGGAGCGAGGUCAUGAUGGCCUAUGUCGGUAGCGAAGGCAGCAGCUCUGGGUUUCAUCGAUGCUUCUCGAGUACAGUUGCCCUCAAUCUCCUCGUUGACUCCGACGACCGCCCGGUGGUCUGCAUCGGCACCGAUUUCGACUCGCAGAAGAAGUACGAUUCUUUCAUGUCCGCUCAAGGUGUCUCGCCUCACUUGGACUGGCUCAACUUGGGAACGGCCGAGCUCCUCAAGGCCAAUUUCCCCCUGUAUGCUUACGACCAGCGAGUGGGUGAUCUCGUCGUCUUCCCUCCAGCAACCGCGCACCAAGUUUGGAAUCCGUCGACGCUGUCGGCCAAGCUAGUGUGGAAUAUUCUGCACCCGCUAUCUCUCGAGGUGGGCUUUGAAUACGUGCAAGCUCCAUUCAAUCGUUUGUGCCAUCCUGAUGUGGCUCGAACCAAUCUGUCGCUCGCAUGCGCCAUGCUUUCGCUUCUUCAAGAUAACCAAAAUGUCACCAACUCGUCACUGCCACUGCCGCCCGACCUCCCCCUGCUCUCCCGUUUAUUCCGACAGAUGGUUCACGAUGAGUCCAUCGAAUCACAACCGGCCACCCCAAUAACCCUAGUGCCGAUCCAGCCUGGGACUAUCGCCACGUGUAACUUCUGCAGCACCGCGAUAUGGAACCGACACGUGCGUUGCACCCAAUGCGCGGAUUUCGACCUUUGUUUGCUCUGCUACUUGAACGGUCGAUCUUGUGAGCACUCCCGAUCGUACGCUUGGGCUGAGCUUGUGCCAUCCGAUCAGUGCACCAGAGUCCUCAACCGGGCCCGAGAAAUCCUUGGGUUCCAGCCGGAGGAGCCGCGGGCGCUGGACCGCCGCAAGACUCUCGGCACAGCGGUGAACGAACUGAUGCGCGCCAAAACCUCGACCAUCACCAGGCUGUGCCAUCUUUGCCGCAUCGAGCAUCACGAGUGGAAAGGCCGUCGGUGCGACAAGUGCACAGCCUUCUUCUGUUAUCGCGGUCUUUUUCGGCACUUUGACCAGUACCCACCGGACGUUCUCCGACACAAGGGCAUUUGGGUCUGCCCAAAAUGCGAGGAAAGCUGCAACUGUCGCUGCUGUCACUUUACCACGGCAUACACGAAGAGUGAAAAGCCGGCGAGCAAACGUAGGGUUAAAGCAAAUGAUCCUAGAGGAAAGCUGAUGGGCUUUGCCGACAAUGUCUUCGACCAAAAACGAGGACGUCGCGAGAGCCAUGUCAACGGAGGUGCUACAAGCGUGACAUCUUUCCCUGGAGUGCCACAAGUAUCGGGGAAAAAGCGAGCUAUCUCCUCCUCAGCCGAGCCAGGACCCGCGACGCCUCUGAGGAGGAUCGAAUUACCUACCCCAGAAUCUGAUCCAUCACUCAACGGCAAAAUCGACAUCCCCAGAGACAGCUCGGAGCUCAUGAUCGAAUCAUCAUUCGCAUCAGUGCAUGGAGGCUUGCCGACGCUUUUGCCCAGUAUGAAGGUCUUAGCGGAGCGAGCUGAUCUCAGUGUGAGCCCCGUAAAUGAGAGACACUCCAGGCUGAGUAGGUCUCCUGCCACGUUGAUGUCGACGGCCGCAUCGCGGGGCCUGUUGCCAGCGACUGUUCACUACAGUGAGAACAACACACUGCCACCGAUGCUUGGACAUGCUACUCCGAACGGUAUGUUCCUUCCGCAGCCUACUUCUAGUAGCCUUCUGAGCACUACAACGUCCGCUUCGCAAGCCUCUCCCACAAAGUCUGCAGAAUCAAGUGGUGCGAAGACACCCACUACCGCUCUUGAUGCAUCGAUCGCGGAACUCGAAGCUCGACUGCGAAGUCUCAAAAAGUUUGAAGAGGAAUUCAUUGCACUGGACUUGGAGGACAGCAGGAAGAUGCUGGCGUCGCAGGUGGCAGAAUUGGAGAGCCAACUGAAAGCGAAGAAAAGAGAGAAGGGUCUUCUGUUGAUCGAAAGGCUCAAGAAGGAAGGCUUUGGAGGACUUGCAGCCGUGGUCGGUAAAGAGGUCGGACUGGGAUUUGAUGCAUCUGGCCCUGGUGGUUUCUGA